ACCCAGCAGUGCCGAAAAGCAAAACCACUAACAACGCAACCUAGGACACGGCAAUCGGAAGUUCAUGAACCUGUGUCGCAGAUUGUCAUUCCAGCAUAGUGCUACGUCACGACUACAGUAGCUCUAGGGUGUACUACUAUCCGGAACAGAAAACACCCUCGACGCGGUUGCCAGAGGCUGUCGCCCCUCGCCUACUGCUACGCAGCAACCGAGAACAGCAGCUUGAACAUUCCAACGAAACGAGACACUCCGCAUCAAACAGCAACCGAACGGGGGGGCAUCAUCGUGGGAACCGUGAUGACUGCUCGCAACGGAGAGCGGGAAAAGGGGUCCGGUAAGGACCCGAGUGACAAGUUAAACCAGAGCCAGCUAGCCCGGAAUAGAUUUGAGAAAUCAUGCAUGAUACCAGACGACGAAAUCUCUCGGAAGCUACCGAAGGAAAUACUGCUACGCAUUUUAUCAUACCUCGACGUAACCUCACUGUGUCGCUGUGGUCAAGUGUCUCGCUACUGGAACAUGCUGGCCCUGGAUGGGUCCAACUGGCAGAAGAUUGAUCUUUUUGAUUUCCAACGAGACAUUGAGGGACCGGUGAUUGAGAAUAUAUCGCUCCGGUGUGGUGGUUUCCUCAAGUAUUUGCGUCUGCGCGGCUGCCAAUCGGUCGGCAGCCAGUCCAUACGUACCCUAGCACAACACUGCCAUAACAUCGAGCAUCUCGAUCUGUCCGAGUGCAAGAAGAUCAGCGAUGUUGCCAUACAACCGCUCAGCAAGCACUGCACCAAGCUGAUCGCCAUCAAUCUGGAGUCGUGCUCGCAGAUCUCCGACAGCAGCCUUAAAGCACUUUCGGACGGAUGUCCGAACCUGGCGGAAAUCAACGUAUCCUGGUGCAACCUUAUUACAGAAAAUGGCGUCGAGGCCCUAGCUAGGGGAUGCAAUAAGAUCAAAAAGUUUAGCAGUAAAGGAUGUAAACAAGUGAGUGAUAGGGCAGUUAUCUCGUUGGCACUAUACUGUCCCGGCAUCGAGGUUUUAAAUCUACAUAGUUGUGAUAGCAUAACGGACGCAUCGAUAUCGAAGAUUGCAGAAAAAUGCAUCAACUUGAAGCAGCUGUGCGUGUCGAAGUGUACCGAGCUUACUGACCAAUCGCUGAUAGCACUGUCAACAAGUAAUCAUUAUCUCAACACGCUCGAGGUGGCCGGCUGCGCACACUUCACUGACACGGGUUUUAUUGCCCUGGCAAAGAACUGCAAGUAUCUCGAGCGCAUGGAUCUGGAAGAGUGCAGUUUGAUAACGGAUGCCACGCUGUUGAACUUAGCAUUAGGAUGUCCCAGUCUGGAGAAACUGACGCUAUCACACUGUGAACUGAUAACAGACGAAGGGAUCCGGCAGCUGGCGGGUGGGGGUUGUGCCGCCGAAAGCUUAUCCGUCCUCGAGCUGGACAACUGUCCACUGAUCACCGACGCCACGCUAGAGCAUCUGAUAACCUGUCACAAUCUGCAGCGGAUAGAGCUGUACGACUGCCAACUCAUUUCCCGGAACGCUAUCCGCCGUUUACGGAACCACCUUCCAAACAUUAAGGUUCACGCUUACUUCGCCCCCGUCACACCGCCACCGACUGCGAACGGACCGCGACCGAGGUACUGCCGGUGUUGCGAAAUUCUCUGAGAUCAGGCGAUCGGCUUAGCGCGCAAAGUGCUUUGCCGCAGCAGGGAUGACUGAUAUUUAUACCUGUAACCAUAGCUUAGAGCACACCGUGGGCUCCGCGCGACUGCCGUGGGACUGGACUGCCACCUGUGCAGCAUGAAAUGAGGUAAAGGGAUCGGAUGUGUAAAAUGCCGGUGCACUUGUUGUGUGACUGACUAUUACUGUGACUCUACGAGCGGGGUGGAAACUAACGAACAAAGAAACAACCACACAUUGAUGCACGCUAACGGAUAUUUAAGGGCGAUACAGAGUGUGGUAAGGUUUGUGGAUUUCCGCAAAUUCAGCGACAUGUUUGGCAUGUUUGGCGAGUAGUGGACGUACGAUGGAUGUUACUACUACUUACGUAUCGUACACCACGUCUGGCCCGGUACGAAAACUGAUUUUUGUCUAUCUAUAACAACAAUUUGGCUUUUGGUGAGAAAGGCGGCUCCGUGUAGGGUUGCGGUUGCAGGAAGAAAGCAAACAGCAUAGAUCCUAGGUACACAUCAACGUUAUCGUAAUCAUUCUAACAUGCAUGCUAUCUGAUAAUUUUAAUACUGUCCAUUUGAUGAGAAUUUUGUGAUUGCUAGCCAGACGGAAGGCGCACCUCGCUGGAAGAGGAUGAGGCCGCUCCCCGGGUGAUGAACCGCUACGGUUACAGAAUAUCAUUUCAAAAACUCCCCAAUCCCCAAGCAAAAUGUUAACAAAGAACAGGAGAACCAACCAAAUGAACUGAUGGUGGACACGACACGCGACGCGACGCUCUGUUUUGGUAACAAUAAACAUACUUUCCGCGAGGACAGAAAAGUGGUGAAGCAAAGGAAAACUAAUCCUACAAAAACACAUGUGUUCAAUUAGCGAAAGCAAACGAGGUAAAAUAAACAAAACGAGGUAAAUCAGCGCACUACCAUCCUCUCUGCAUUCAGCAAUAGGAGAUAAAACUGAGCAUAGAAGAGAAAAAAGUGGAACAACAAUAAGUUUCAAUCCUAUCGCGCGCGAAUGAAAACAUUCAUAUUGUCUGAUGCAAGAGAGUAGCAAUAUAUUUUGUUUUUUCGUAGGCUUCGCUUUUUCGUUCAAAGCGUACACAAUUUUGUGGAAAAAACAGUAUAGCAUCCAGCGUCGGCGUGUUGUGCAUCGCUACGCGCCGUUUCGUGUAACUGGAGCUAAUGGUCCGAUUUUGAGUCAACAUAGCAACGUUAAUUAUGUGUUAAACUAAUACGCCGGCCAGCAAAAAGUCGUGUGAUACCGAAACAAAAAAAAAAGGAAGCAUGCAAAAACAAUAGACAUGAACUAAUAAAACGGAUUAAACAAUCAGUUCCCGGCACAACGAUGAUAGAAUGCCAUUGAUUUGCGAUACCUGCCGUAGCUUGUUUCUUAUAAAGAAAGUAUGCCGGGCGCCAUAAGCAACCAUAGCAACCGUAGAAAAAUCAGGAUUAACCAACGGUUGGUUUAGGGUACAGAACAGCAGAAGGACAGAUGAAAUAUCGAAAUAUUGCACCGGAGAUGUGUACGUCGAUCGGUCUUUUGGUCUGCUGCACGAUGGAUCAGUCAGUAAAAGGAUCAAGGGAAGGAUAAUGAGAGCCUUCGCGUCACGAUGUCUUUUUGUGCGUCAUUGAGAGCGUCGUGGUGGGCAUUUCUUGCGCUGCAGCUUUUAAUUAAUGUUCGCAACGCAUACAAUUCUGACACACGGUAGCAGCUACCCGCGCAAUGGGUUCAAUCAGUUGGACUCAGUAGUACUGUCCUUAGAUGUUUGCAUGUGAUGUGACCAUACCGUGAACGUGUGUCUGUGUGUGUGUGUGUGCGUGCGUGCGUGCGUGUGAAUCAAUAUACUGGACGAAAGCGAAUCGGUUCGGUGAUUGCCGGAUAGAUGAGUGAAUUAAAGGCAUGGUAAUAAAGAGAGUGAUCACGUGGAGACAUUACAAUACAAUUAACUAAAAGGCACUAGCGAACAGUUUUGCCAUAGUAAGAAAACCGAGGCUCAGCAAACGAGUAUCAAAUGAAAGCGCAUGGCGCGUAAGCAGUUGUUUUGUAUUUAUGCGAACAACCGAGUACUGACGUCGCGAACGACCGAGCCUGCGACUGUAAUAGUAGCUGGUAGGUAAGCCGAAUCUUACGGCCGAAAGGCUGAGGCAGCGAUUCUAACUCUAAUGGGGAACCCCCGGAAAAAUAAUAAGCGCCACUCUUUGACGUUGACUGAACAUGGCUGGCGCAUGCUGGUUUAUCGGGACGAUGGCGAUUCUACGAUUUUCACUUACACUUCGACUAUAUUGCACAGCUCCGUACCAAUUGCGGCACCUAAUGCGCGAAGUAAA